UAAAUCAAUGCAAUUCACCAGGUUGACUUUGACCGCACCAAGCACCUGUCAGAGUACUCCAUCAAGAAACGUGCAGCGGAACGAGAGAAGUUGAUUGCAGCAGAGCGUGAGAAAGAGGAAAAGCUUCGAAGGAAGAGAGAAAUGGAAGAAAUGAAAAUAGAAGCUGAAAGGAUGAGAUUAGAAGAGGAGCAGAAACUCAAAGAAGAACGAAAAGAAGCUAAGAGAAAGGAGAAGGAAGAAAGAAGAAAGGCUAGGGAAGAAAAAAGACGAAAAAAGAGAUUAAUGAAAGCAGAAGAAAAGGUCAGAAAAGAGGAGGAGGAAGAGGAGGCAAGGUUUGCUAGGAAAAUUGCUAUGGAAGAACGCAAGCUAUUGCUGGCACAGCGCAAGUUAGAGAGCAUUCGUCUGUUGGAUGAACUGUUUGAAAGAAUAAAG